UCAAAACAUUUGGCAUGCAGUUGAAUUAGCCAGGGAAUCUCCAAACAAGUCGAUCAAAAGGCUGUAGCUAGGGUUUUCUAAGUGUCAUUUGGGGAGAUGGGGAAAACUACGAAGGUCGUGGUGUGUGGGAUGAAGGGCGUCGGGAAGACGGCAUUGCUGGAGCAGCUGAUAUACGGAAAUGUCACGCUCAAGACCGAGAUUCACCCCACAAUCGAGGAUAUCUACGUGGCGAACAUAGAGACUGAUCGCGGAACCAAAGAGAAAGUAAGGUUUUACGAUACAGCUGGUCUCGAUGAACACCAUGCCAACACAAAUGCCCAGCAAUUGGCACGACAUUACCUGGGCUUUGCUGACGGUUACGUCCUCGUUUACGACACUGCCAAACCCGAGUCACUAGACGUACUGUUUCCAUUGAAAAAAGAUAUCGAUAAGAAUAAAGAUAAGAAGGAGAUUACGGUUGUGGUUGUUGGCAAUAGAACUGGAUUUGACAGUGACACUCAGAGUCUUGAGAAUACAGCGGGGAGGGCUGUUAACUGGUGCACGAGAGAGAAGAUAAGACAUUUUGAGGUGAAUGUUAUGGAUAGACAGAGCUUGUACGAGGCAUUUAUUUAUUUAUCCUCGAAGCUCAAUCCCAUUCAGAAUAAGAGCACUUUUCCACAGCUGAGUAUGGGGAGGAAAAAUGUUAAGGCUGAUGCUACAUGAUUAAUACUCAAGGCGAAUUGUGUGAGACAAUUCUUGGGGAAAAUCUUUCGUGGCUUGUGCUGUGAUGUCGAGAAGGGAGAGGAGACGGAAAUUUUUGAGGUUUAAUUGAUGGGGUGGGGCGGUCGAGGCACAGCGCUGUUUUUUAUCGUUAUUUUUUUGAGAUUGCAAGCCUGCGGUUCAGCGGAUUAGACUGGGAAGAACUGUAUUUUUUGAAUUUUUUUUCCAACAAGACGUUUCUCUAUUGGAUGAAAUCUGGCGUGAAUUGGUAAACGGAUACGUGCAUUUUUUUUGCUGAAUCGCUUCCAUACAUUGAUGGAAAGCCAUUUAAUUAUUUAUUCUAGUCUACCAAUUCACCCCGGAAAUGAUUAUAUACGCGAAGAAAAAUUCACUUCGGAAAAAGGACGAAAUUGUCAGGGAUAUUCCCAGAAGUCUCGAUGUAAUUUAUCAGUAAUAAUGAGAUAUUUUACUUAUUAGCAGCAGAAUUUCUCGAAAGAAUUUCUCUUCGUUUAUGAAUAUUAGAGGAGAAAUAUUGGAUACGUGUCCCUGUUGGUUUUAAAAAUGAUUCAAAUGUUUUUCAUUCAAUUUUGCUGAUUAGCAAUGGAAAGUUCAUAUACACAAAGACAAAUUCUGUUUGGAAAAGGGGCGAAAUUUUCAUAGAACACCCCAGGAAUUUUACCAGAAGUCUACACAAUUUCUUAGUAAUAAUCAGAAAUUUUACUUAUUAGCACUAGAAUUUCUCGAAAGAAUUUCUUUUCGUCUAUGAAAAUUGGAGGAGAAAUAUUGGAUACGUAUCCUGUUGGUUUGAAGAAUGAUUCAAAUGUUUUUUAUUCAAUUUUGCUGAUUAGCAAUGGAAAGUUCAAUGCAAAAAAAAUUCAAUUAGUUGGAGUUCAUGCAGGUCAGUUGACUGUAAUAGAAGUGAAAUUCUUAGAUUCGAUGAAUUGUAACUGUUCUAAUGAAAUUCGAAGAAAUUCUUGAAUUCUGUCCAAAGAGAAAAAUGGGAAUUGUUCAUAGACCAAAUUAGCACUGAUAACAUCCGACAGUUUCAACAAACGAAUGUUUCAAUCGAUAAUUUUCAAUUGUUCCCCAUCCCCUGACAUUGAUGAAUCCCAGUCGACUUCAAUUCAACAUUUUCCGCGUAAAAAAUCCGAACAAUCCAAUUUUACGUGGGUUUCCACGAUUGCAUUCAGAGAUCGGCGUCAAUCUUAUCAGUAAUAUUCUCACCACGAUCACGUAACAAUCGAUUAACUGCGAAUGACGAAUGAAUAUUUUUCUUUCAUGGUCUUAUGAAAUGAGUAGUCAGUUGACUAUUCGAAUUAUUCAAUCCAAUUAGCAUCAGUGUCAUUACCAAAUCACGAGGUGAUUAAAAUUCAAUUAAACUUCAUUAUUUCUUACGAAAACAACCGAAAUUCAUUUUUUCCCAUUAAGCAUUAGUAAUCUGAUGACAAAGAAAUUCCGAUUUAUUUCGAGAGUUUUAUUCUAUCCAUUAACUAUUCAUAUGAUCAUGUUAUUGGUUAAUCAUAUUGAGAAUUCUUUUUCUGCUGAUCUCUGAUUGAAUGCCCCCCCCGUUUGCUCAAAAUAUGCAUUUGUCCACGUCAUAAUUGGGCUUUUGCAUGCAAUUUAUUCAUAAAAUAAUACGAUGAAAUUGCAAAUUGGGUGGAAAAUAUUACAUUCAUAUUUUUUUAUUUUUAAAAAUAAUAAAAAGCAAGAAUUUUCGUCUUUUAUUAUUUGUUUCUCAUUAUUUAUCGAAACAAAAAAAUAAGUGUCCAAUAUUUUUAACCCAAUUUCAUGCAAAAACCCAAUUGUUGAUUGAAUCUCACUUGAGUCCACCCACAACCCUCUACCCAAAAAAUGUCAAAAUGUAAAUAUCGUUAAAAUAUUUGUAAGCAAUUAAAAGAGCAAGAUCAGAUUUUUUGCAUCUCAAAAAUUACAUUUUUCGUGAUUUCUCAAGCCGUACUUAACUACACUGAGAAAAAUUGGUGAAUUCUCUUGAACCUGGUGUCACAACGAACAGUAUCAGUACAAAUUUCGUAUUUUUAAUCUCAAACAUAAAGAGUAAUUCCUCUUCGUUGCAUUUUACCUCGAAUGCAUUAUUGUCAUUCCUUGAACUGAAUGGAUUAAUCUCGUUCCUUCAAACGUACUUAAAUUAUUCAUUAAGAAUCAAAGUUAUCUAAUCGCGAUUUAAGGAUAAUUAUAAAUCAGGGUGAAUUCGUUACUAUCUUCGUGAGAGGAGGGAACUGAUGUCACGAACCUCGAUCACAAGGAAUUGAUUAAUAUUUUUCUUAAAGUAACAUAACAUGUGUAUUAUCUAAUGUUUUAUUAACAAAAUUAAUGAUAGUCUUGGCUUCAUUGAUGGAAAUCAAUUUUUUUAAUUGUAAAAAACUUUGGCAGAGAUAAAUUUGUCUACCAGAUAAUGGCCUUUUUCAAUUGCCUUAGUACAAUUAACGAUCCGAAGAUGUAGUCCCACAGUUUGCUGCUUAUACCGAAACCUGAUGAUGUAAAUUUCAAUAAUAGAAUCAUUGGAAUUCGGUGGACAUUGUAUUGACUCAUUUAGUCGAUGAUUUUACCUUCGUCGUGAUGUGAGAAGUGGUGGUAAUUGUGGUAUCGCUUCAUGGUGUAUAAAUAUGUCUCUGCGUUGGGCGCCCCAUGAUGUAAAUAAUAAUGCAUUAAGUCGUAACAUAGGUAUCCUGUAAUUUUGUUUUUUUCAAUUGAGAAAAAGAAAACGUUGCAAAUAAAUUCAAAGGAAAUCUUUAAUUAAUUUU